GGGAGUUUCACCCUCAUGGGCCGCCUUCUACGCUCUUCCAUCACGUUUGGUACACCAACCAUGCUCAUUACCCUGAAGGUGCGGCGGACAUGGCGGGCUACUGGGCUGAGUCCCGCAUCUUUGGGGGGGUGGUCCUUUUCGAUCGCUCAGGGUCGGAUCCGGAGGCUGUCUAUCUACACCCCGACCGCAACGAGGUCACGUAUAGGAUCUCGAAGCUUACAGACGAGCAAAAGUCUGCCCUGUUGAGCUUUCUGAGGACGAAGAGGGCACAGAAUGACGAGCCAAAAGGAGGCCAUGGGGGAAAACACGAGAGUAGGGAUCUUGGAGGAAAACGCCCUUUGCCCAUCUUGCCGGAUGAGACCAAUUUGCACCGUGUUGACCCAGAGGAGCCUUUCAGCGUAACUGGCGUUUAUCGUGAUGUGUGGGAGAGAGAGAUGCCGCCGCCAGAGUGGGUGGGAGACGACAGGGCUUCAACCGUUGGGAACCCUCUAAAUUUCCCAACUAAGGCGUCCCAACAGGAAGCAUUACUGCGCUGGAUACAGCGGCGAUAG